GAAGUUGCUUCUCUGUUCGAAAGAGGCUGUGGCGGCAAAAACGCAACUGUAGUUCACAACUAAUGGCUUCAAAUUUUUAAAGGCUAUUCUUAACUAAGGAUAAUGCUAUCCUUGCGCUUCGGUAUUCCAACCGUGAGUACUUUGGCUUCUCCCAAGCCUAAACCAAAGCCUGGUUUAGUUCCAACCGCUGGGAACCAAACAGACCUGCUGUUUCCUUCUCGGUUUUCUCUUCCCCAACGAUAUGAUUAUAAGCUGCGAGCAGCUACCACGGAUGUAGUGGAUGGGAGGCUUUUUGAGGUGGGAGAUAAGUUCACUGUAGAGGAGGAGGAGCCGCUGCCUGAGGGGCUGAGGAGUGAUUUGAUUCCAAGGCACGUGGCAGUGAUCAUGGAUGGGAACGGUCGGUGGGCUCGUCAACGGGGAUUACCGACUUCGGCUGGGCACGAAGCCGGUGUAAAAUCGCUGAGGGAGCUCGUCGAGCUGUGUUGUCGUUGGGGGAUUCAGGUUCUCACUGUCUUCGCCUUCUCUUCUGAGAACUGGGUUCGGCCUAAGGUGGAGGUUGAUUUCUUGCUGAGUUUGUUUGAGAGAGCAUUGAAGUCAGAGCUGGAGUCUUUUUCUAGGGCAGGCAUUCGAAUAUCUGUGAUCGGGGAUUCAUCAAAGCUUCCCACAUCACUGCAGAAUAUGAUCAAUGAGGUUGAGGAGGAAACAAAAGAAAACUCCAGGCUCCAACUCAUUGUUGCAGUUAGUUACAGUGGGAAAUAUGAUGUUGUACAAGCAUGCAGAAGCAUUGCUAAGAAAGCAAAAGAUGGGCAAAUUCAACUGGAAGACAUCGAUGAAGGCCUAAUUGAACAAGAAUUGGAAACCAACUGUACAGAGUUUCCAAACCCGGAUUUGUUCAUCAGAACCAGUGGAGAACUUAGAGUCAGCAACUUUUUAUUGUGGCAGUUGGCAUACACGGAGCUCUUCUUUGCACAAGAACUCUGGCCUGAUUUUGGAAAGGAUGAGUUUGUAGAUGCUUUAACUUCAUAUCAGCAGAGGCAGCGACGCUAUGGUGGAAGACAUUCAUGAGCUAUAGUCAGCUCAAAACAGCAACUGAUAACAAAGUGUUUAUGGCCUUAACUUCAUUUGGGAGCUGAGGACUAAAUUCAUCAGCAAUCGCUAAUUAAAAAUAAAGUUUUACUAUAUAUAUGCAGGAUAUAGUCAUACCAAUAUGUAAAUCUCCGAUCUAUGGUAUAAAUCAAGCUAGCUGCUGCUCUUCAGAUCUAAGAGACAUGCAUAUUUGGUCCAUUGAGCGCCUCGAAAAUCAAGAUGAUCAAGAUACUGUAUGUAUAAGCUGAUGUCCGAACAUGGCUUCUCUCUAGUUCGCAAUCCCUAGCCAUACGUUGUCUAUAUAAUUAUAAAGCAUUCCUGAAAUAGAUGAGGUGAUUUACGUAUUGAGAUCAUUUUUCUAACAUUUAUGUUUCAUAUGCUCGUCUGAUUAGUGCUAUUUGUUCAAUUAUCCAGGUUUAACAUAAUUGGUAAGAGAAAAUUUUCCAACCCGCAAGUUCAAUGUACGGCUUAUCUUCUUCAUUUCUAGCCAACCAUACGUUGAGGUUACCAUCUAUAUUUCAUGUUUUUCCUCUAAAACUCAAUCCUGACAGAAUUUUUAGUUUCUGGAUUUUCUUUUUGGUAAUAGAGUUUAGUCUGCCAGUAAAAAUACUAAGACGUUGAAA